CCUUUUGGGAAGACGUUAACGCAGAAUGCUCUGCGGACGUAAUGACGUAAAGAGGGCGUGUCCAAACGAAGGACAGACGGGACUCCACAAUGGGAGACAGUUUUCAGGAGCAGCUCGCAGAGGACUGUGCGUUCCUCAAAGCUGAGCGGAAGCUGGACACAGAGCUGGUGGACAAACUCAUCCUGCAACUCAACAGAAUCUACCCACAGAUUCUCACUGACAAGGAGGCCACCAAAUUCAGAAGCUUGGAUGUGCCUAGAAGCGUUCGACUGGGUGAACUCCUUAAACACCUGCAGGGCAAAGGCGAGGAAGCUUGCAGGGAGUUCUACAGGGCUCUCCACUUGCACGUGGAGGAGGUUUAUUACAGCUUGCCUACACGGCUCCGCCUCAGAGAUUACAUGGAUCCACUUGCAUAUCCUCAUGUCUACAAACAGAAAUAUGUUCUGAAUGACAGAGGUCCCCUCUUCUUUUUGGGCUGUUUCAGCUUUGCAGUGGGAAUAGCUAUACUCUAUUAUUACAGCGAAGCUAAGGUGACAGGAGGCAGCCGGGCUCUUGGGAUGGCUGCUCUGGGUCUCAAAAGAAAAGCUCAAGACGUUCUUAUAUGGUACACUGAGGAGAACCUUAUGAAGUAGGGUGUGACCCCAUCACACCAGCUGCUCAAUAUUUUCUACUAAAGCAAAGCACACUAAAUCUUUAUAAGGCUUCAACGCUGACUUUAUACACAAUGUAUAUAUUAUAUUUGUUGGUGACGAGGAAAAUAGGGCACCUUAGGAGCUACAUUUGUCUCCUGUCUUUUAAAAAAUAUAUUUUUAAAUAAUUCUACUUAAAUCAGUUAAUAUGGUAACUCUGGGAGAUACAUAUUUUUUCUAUUGUACAAUUUCUGUCAGUAGAACAAUAAUAACUCACUAAUCAGAAGUUCUGGGAUUAUUUAUGAGUUUGCUGUAACUUAACGUGACCUAAACCAUAUGUAUGCAGAUGUUUAUUGAUCGAUACUCAUGGUGCCUUAUCGGCCCUGGUACAGUAAAAACGGGUUACUAUCAGUCCAAACUAACUACGAGCGCCGUCUUGUGGCUAAAGGGGGAUUUACAUUACAAAAUUUACUUAUCUGUUAGUUAUAUAACGAUAAAACGAUAAAAACUUGUAUUAGGCGCCGAAGACAUAAAUAUUUCUUAACUCGCGGACUACACGAUAAUAUUACACACGAAUUUAUGUUAAAGAUUUUGCGGUCACAAGACUGAUUGUAACGCCCUCCAAGAGCAAUGCAUUGUGGGUAGCGCUAUGUUUGAAAAGAAAACGAACGAAUAUAGUCUGAAAUACUAAUAAUUAAACGUAAAAAGAAGUGAAGUUAUAUCAAAGACACAAGUUAUCACUUUGAGUAGUAAAAUAGAAAAAAAACAUAAUUGCACCAUAAGCGAAACCACAGUGCAUGUUCAUAGCUUUAAAAACGGCUGAGGGCCCCCUUGAUGACGUGUUGUAUGAAAGGAGAGAAGGUUAGCACUCCCCUUGACAAGGAUGGAAUUGGCCCCUGUGGCCUGCAACACGCAUACGGUUAAGGCAUUGCCACCUACUUCGUGGCAUCUCUAACCAAGUUUUUAAAAUAAAUAAUAAUAACACUUCCACUUUUCUUAAGAUUUGUGUCAAACCUAUUGCAUUCAUUGUGUCCAUAGGAACAGGAAGAAUUCCAUUUCCUGUGUCUUGUUUCCUGUGGGUCAGGUCAAACUUUUAUUCUUUCUGUUGACCUUUAGUAACAUUUAGUCCACGUCUAAAAAGGCAGGACUGUGGACUACUGUAAAUAUACUAUAAAGUACAUUUACUACAUGUCUUUAACUUCCAUUUACUGGUCAUGUAGCAUGGACUGUUUAUUUACCUUAUUCAUGUUAAGCCUGUUUUAUCCUCUGGAUGGAAAUUGUUCAAAAAUUGCAGCCAAGUAGUUUUUUAAACACUUUAAUUUAAAUGUUUGCCUUAACUAGACUUGAACAUCCACAUGAUUGUCAUACUGGUGCUUGGUCAAACUAUUAACUUGUGUUAUAGAGGUUAAUCUUCAGGAUUUUAAAUAAGAAGCAUGGUUGUGUUUUUACUGUAGUGCAAAAAAAUGAAUGCUUGCUAUGCAUGUGAAAACCCCGACAGGUUGUCAUAUGCAUAGCAUGCAUAGCAUUUAUGUGUUCUGUGUCAUUUGAAAAUGCUUUAAUUUAAAAGUGCCAUCCUUUGUAUGAGUAGGACACGUCAAAAAUGCAUGAUAUUAAACACAUGAGAUGACGCAUGUAUUAUGUAACUUUAUUUAUAAAAUUUCUUUGUAUAAUAAAAACCCUUUGUGUCCAGGA